AUGCGGGAGCACACACAGAAACCCUCACAACACACACACAUGUCUUUCUGCCUUCCCAGGGACUUUAGAUUUACUUCCAUUUAAAUGUCCAACCAUUUCUAUGCCCAAACCCUAAACUCAUGUCAAAUCGUAGUCCUAAACCAAACCCCUAACCCAAAAAACAGCAUUACAAAAGUGAGGACCAGGAGUAUGUCCUCUCUUUCCAAAAAUGAUCUGACACACACACACACCCAUAUACACACAAAGACAGAUGGAGGCUGAGGCUAAGAAAAUAUAGAAAAGCACAAGUAUUUUCCAGGAACUCUAUUAUUCCUGACUUGGGGUCUAAUGGUAUUUUAUUGCAAUUGCUAUGAUGUCAGAGUGUCCGUCCACCCUAAUGGCCUUCUAAGAACAACAGGGACAGAUUGGUUCCAUUCACCAGACUGUCCGGACUGACAGACAAAAGCAGCUGACACCUCGACAAGUUCUCAGCUUAAAAGUUUACCCAGCAUGCCGCUCCAUCCUCUCUCUCACUCCGUUCAUUUUCUCCUUGUUGCUGGGGCAGCCGUGGUGUGCGUCUCCAUGACAACGCCCCUCCAGAGCUUCCGUGGCUGCGCAGUGCGCGAGUUCUCCUUCGUGGCGCAGAAGCCUGGCUGCAAGGGGCUGCACAUCACCACAGAGGCCUGCUGGGGGCGCUGCCACACCUGGGAGAGACCCAUACUUGAGCCUCCGUUCAUCCACCGACACCACCGUGUCUGCACGUACAGUCGCAUCCGACACAUGAUGGCGCGGCUGCCGGGCUGCCUGCCCAACGUCUCCUCCCUCUACCACUAUCCAAUGGCCCUGCAAUGCCACUGCACCUUCUGCUCCAUGGAGGACACCGAGUGUCAGACCUUCUGAUAGAUACCUUUUUUUUUUUUUUUUAAUCAAUUAACCAGAUUUCUGUUGAUAUAAACGAGUUGAAUAAAUGUUAUAAAUGUUAAAGUAAUGAAAAAAACUGUAUUCAAGAAUAAAAGAACACAAUUAUAUGGUUACAUUUAUAGCUUGAAAGCAAUAUGUAUGUACUUACAUUUAGUACUUCUGUACAAUCGGCAACGGUUCAAGCAUAAUUUUGUUUGUUAUUCUUCAUCGUGAUGUUGCCAUUAAAUAAACUCAGUGGCUUUGGU